AUGAUAUCGUUUAAGAUGACACAAAUAAUUUUUCUGAUAAUUAUUUUCAAUAUUUCAAGUUACAUAGAUGCUAGAAUUAUUCACAAUGACUUAGCAUUAGAACAAGAGCAAUAUCAGCAAGAUUAUGACAAGUAUUAUCAGCAAAGUAUUCAAGAAAAUUCCGAAGAACAGGAUGAUUUAGACAAGCCAACAAGUACUUCACAAGAAACACAUUAUUAUUAUGAUUAUCCAAAGUACUCCUUCAAAUAUGGAGUAAACGAUUUCCAUUCAGGUGACAUAAAGUACCACAAGGAAACAAGGGAUGGUGACAAAGUCGAGGGUGAAUACCACUUGGUUGAACCCGAUGGUUCUUUAAGAACCGUCGAGUACCAUGUUGAUAAACUCUCCGGUUUUGUAGCAGUAGUCAAAAAAACAGCUCUUACUGAUCUAAAUUCACAUGACGAACAUACAAAUUCUGAUGUACAAACCCAUCAACAAUACCAAGAAACAGAGUCUUAG